AUGGACAUCCCACUAUCGAGCGAUGCGCUCGACCUGUGCUUCCAUCCAGCUGCCGAAACCAACCUGCUCGCCGUGGGACUCAUCUCGGGCAAAAUCCAACUCAUCAACUAUGACGACUACCUCUCUUCCCCAUCCUCCUCACGAACGCCUCUUGCUCCGCCAUCCAAGAAGUCCAAACCAUCCACCAUCUCCUCUGCCGUCGAAACACCCACAAAACUCUACCGCAAGCUGUACACUUCUCGACCCUCGAAAAAGUCGUGUCGUGGUCUGCAUUUUUCCACGACUGGUUCGUCGAUAUUUUCCAUCUCAAAGGACAAGUCGCUCUUCUCUACCGAUACCCAAACGGGCAAGGUGGUGCAGAGCUGGAUCGAGGUUCAUGAUGCCGCCCCGAGCAGGGUGUUACCUGUAGAUGAAUCCCUGGUGGUAACUGGCGAUGAUGAUGGUGUGGUUCGACUGUGGGAUGUUCGCAAAGGUGGAGGAAAGGGGAUAAAGCCGGUGAGGAUGUGGGAGCAUCAUUUUGACUGGAUCACAGAUAUGGUCUACUUGGCCGAUCUGCCGGUUCCCAAGCCAAAAUCGAUCAAGGAGGCGAAAAAGUCAAAAACACAACUCAAGAAGCAGAGACGACGUGCGAGACAGGCCGAACGGCUCAAGGAACACGACAAAGAGAAACGAGAGCAGAAUGCUAGUGAUACGGAAGCAAGUGAGCCAGACUCCGAAGAUGACGCUGCGAUCAAGGUGGAAAGUCGAAGUCGGCUCAUCGUCACGUCGGGCGACGGCUCGCUAUCCAGCAUCGACUUGCUUUCUUCAGGUCCUACCUCGUUCGAACAGUCCGAAGACCAAGAAGACGAAUUGCUAUCCAUCACUUCCAUUCGCUCUUCCACCAAACUCGUCGUCGGAACCCAACUCGGCAUUCUUUCACUAUGGACUCCCAGUCGCGGCCUACUGGAUCACGUGGACCGUGUUCCCGGCCAUCCCGCUUCCGUCGACACGCUCGUCACGCUCGACAACGAAACCGUCCUCACAGGUAGCUCCGAUGGUCUGGUCAGGGUGGUCCAGAUCCUCCCCUCCAAGCUUCUCGGCGUGAUAGCAAGUCACAACGGUCUACCAGUAGAAAGGAUGAAGCGCAAGCAAAGCGUACUAGCCAGUAUUGGGCACACCAAUGCGGUCAAGUUGACCGACUUGAGUCCCUUGUUGGAUGACAAUGAUGAUCAAGGCGACGACGACGACGAGCAAGCCGGCGCAUUGGGAAUCGUCGGUCUUGCAGAGGAUGAUAGCGACGAUGACGACGAUGACGACGAUGACGAUGACGAUGACGAUGACGAAAAACAUCUUGUAGUCGAACUAGACGGCGCAGAGCAGACCGAUGGUGAUGCUGAGAGCGGCCAAGACGAUGAGCAAGAUCCUGAUUCUGAAGACGUCACUCCCUCCCAAAACAAGGCUGGCAAAGGAGGAUUCUUCUCCGACCUCUGA